CAGAGCAACGCCAGAUGUAUAAAAAGGAUGCUUUCAACAGACUGGGAGAGCAGGGAAGGAGCGAGCGAGCGAGCACUCGAGUAACAGAAACCCAAGACUGUGCAGAUAUGAGUUGCGUAAAGGUGUGCGUUCUAUUGACCGUGCUGGCACUUGCUGUGUGCGUGGCCCGGCCGCUGUCAGAGUCGAGGAGCGAGGUGGGCUCGGCGCUGGCACAGAGGGAGCGCCAGCGUGAAAAGGCACAGGCUGCGCGCAUUAUCCGGAGGGACUGGAUGGGAUCGCUCACUGCAGGCCAGCGGCAGUUCAUGUCAAAAUACAUCCCACAAGUACUUGCAGGGCUGUCCAACCAGGAAGGCUACGGGCCGGCGGACUCGGUGCACCCGAUAAUUGACCGAGACUACGCCGGCUGGAUGGAUUUUGGCAGAAGAAACACGGAAGAGGUGGAGUUCGAUCCCUGAGCUCACAAUGCAACAAGAAGCCGCCUGUAUUCGACUCUCAAAAAGCACCCACAACUUAUAAUACUGAAACUAAUAAUAAUAAUAAUAAUAAUAAUAAUAAUAAAUUCAAAAUAAAUCCAUCCAGAAACUUUACACUUUGA